AGAUAAUACGUUUACCAUUAUCUGACAAGUGCUAAUAGUUCAGUAGUAUUUUUAGUAUAUUACAUUUACAUAAAAAGAUUUUUCCGUCUUAAUUUUUAGUUAUACUUAUCGUAAGCAUUUGAUUACGUACACGAUUAUAAAUUAUAUAGUAGUACACCAUCAGCUGUGUAGGUACCUAAAUAUAAAUGGCCAUGAAACGGCCGGUGUAUAAUCAUUUACGUAAUUACUAUUUAUUACUCGUAGACCGCAGUCGUGUGGCUAACUAGUAUUAUAUUAGUAUUGUUAUAUUCUGUGUUAUAACUACUAUUUUAGUAAUCAUCAUAUUUUUGCGAAGAAGGCCAAUUUUAAUUUAAUUUUAAUUUUGAAUAGCUUGAUUCUUAUUUAUUUUUACUUGUGUGACUAUAUUGACUUAAGGAUAAGACGUUUGUGCAAUUCAAUAUAAUAAUUUAGUCUAAAGGUUUAUAUCAUUUAUCUGUGCAAAAAAUUAAAAGGUUUCAAUAUAUUUUUGUAAAAUGAGUGUACCUGUAGCAAUUGGGUCUACGUUUUUUGGAUGUAUGAGCAAUGUUGUUUUUUUGGAACUUCUAGUCAAAGAAGAUCCUGGCAUAGGAAAUUUGAUUACAUUUUCCCAAUUUUUUUUAAUAGCAUUACAUGGAUUUAUAUUCACAGCUAAAUGUGGUACCAAAAAACCGAGCAUUAGUGUCAAAGGGUAUAUGAUCUUAGUAGCAAUGUUUUUUGUCACUAAUGUUUUAAACAAUUAUGCUUUUGAUUUGAACAUUGCCAUGCCAUUACAUAUGAUCUUCAGAGCGGGAUCAUUAAUAGCAAAUAUGGUUAUGGGAGUGAUCAUAUUAAAGAAAAAGUAUACAAUUGACAAAUUUAUUUCUGUGGGCAUGAUAACAGCAGGUAUUACAAUAUGUACAAUUGUAUCAGGUCAAGAUGUCAAAAAAACUGUUGUACAUGGUGUUGUUCAAAAUACAUCAGAGCUAGAAGACUUCUUUUGGUGGUGCUUAGGAAUUGCGUGUUUAACUAUUGCAUUAUUCAUUUCUGCUCGCAUGGGUAUAUACCAAGAAACAUUAUAUAAACAACAUGGUAAACAUCCACAAGAAGCUUUAUUUUAUACUCAUUUGAUACCGCUUCCAUGGUUCCUGUUUUUGUACUCAAAUCUUAAGGAACAUGCAUUAAUGGCUUUUGAAAGUGAACCAUUGCCAUACAUAGGAUUUGGUAUACCAAGUACCAUUAUUUAUCUUACUGGAAAUGUUUUUACUCAAUAUGUAUGCAUAAGUUCGGUUUACUUUUUGACAACUGAAUGUUCAUCAUUAACAGUAACACUAGUUAUAACAUUGCGAAAGUUUGCCAGUUUAUUGUUUAGUAUUUUGUACUUCAGCAAUCCAUUUACUCUGUACCAUUGGAUUGGAACUCUUUUAGUUUUUGUUGGUACAAUCAUAUUCACCGAGAUACCGCAAAAAGUACAACAAAUGACAGCGCCAAAAAAAACAACAAAAAAGGCAAAGAAAACAAAAACAAAUUAAAAUUCCAUUGUUAUGAUGUUGGAUUAAUGGAUAUUACAGGAUUAUACUAUAUAUUAAAUGAAUUCUUGUUUAGAAUAAAUAAAAACUUAUUAAUUUAUUUUAUUUGACAAUAAACAGAAAUAAUUUACAAACAAAGUAAAAGUCUUUUAUCUAAA